AGUGUCAAAAAAAAGUAUAGGAUAGAUAAUAAAUUGAGAAUUGAGAUACAUUUAUAGUGAAUGUAACAAUUAUUUUUGGGAAUUUUUUCCUUGUGAACCUUGUAACGUAGUGAUACUUUUAUAUGUUCGAUCUAUUGAAAUGUGUUUUCAGUUCAGUACUAGAAUGAAAACAUCUGUGUGUGUCAAAUACGAGGAAUAUACAUAAAAUAUGAGUUGAAUUAGUGAUAAACUUUUAUUUAGUUUGUAAGUUAACUAAUAAAUCAGAUAUGGCUAGAGAGCGACCAACGAGAAAAUGGGAAAUUUUUCAAGGAAGGAAUAGGUUUUAUUGUAACGGUAGACUAAUGACGGCGCCUAACUCUGGAGUAUUUCUGUUAACAGUAUUUUUGAUAACUUUAACCAGCAUGCUGUUUUUUAUAUUUGACUGUAAAUAUCUGGCUGAAAAUGUAACUAUAGCAAUUCCAAUAAUUGGUGCAAUGCUAUUUAUAUUCACAAUGUCUUCCUUAUUACGUACAAGUCUGACCGAUCCUGGUAUUAUACCUAGGGCUAGUUCAGAAGAAGCCGCAUAUGUUGAAAAGCAAAUUGAAGUCACUAAUUCAGCAAAUAGUCCUACAUAUAGGCCCCCUCCUCGUACGAAAGAAGUACUUGUGAAAGGUCAAACAAUCAAGCUGAAAUAUUGUUUCACAUGCAAAAUAUUCAGGCCGCCGAGAGCAUCACACUGUAGCUUAUGUGAUAACUGUGUUGAUAGGUUUGACCAUCACUGCCCAUGGGUGGGAAAUUGUGUUGGUCGAAGAAAUUACAGAUUUUUUUAUAUGUUUAUUGUGUCGCUGGCAUUUUUAGCGGUCUUUAUAUUCGCCUGUGCUGUAGCUCAUCUUAUUUUGAUGACAAAAGAGGACCACCCUUUCUUGGAUGCAGUGAAAGAGUCUCCACCGAGUGUAGUGGUGGCCAUCAUUUGUUUUUUCAGUGUUUGGAGUAUUUUGGGUUUGGCUGGAUUUCAUACCUACCUCACUACCAGUAAUCAAACUACUAAUGAGGAUAUAAAAGGCUCCUUUACCAGUAAAAGAGGUCAAGAAAAUUUCAAUCCAUAUUCGCAGGGAAAUGUGUGUUUGAAUUGUUUUCAUAUACUGUGUGGUCCCAUAACACCAUCUCUCAUCGAUAGGCGAGGACUAGUAACAGAAAACUAUCGCUCAGAACUUGAUCGACCUAUUACGAAUGAACCAACUUUACCUUUGAAAAGUUAUGGAAUUCAUUCUCAAAAUGGACCCCAACAAAUAACCGCAAACACAACCGAAAUCCCCGGAAUUUAUCGCCAAACCACAGAAACUACCGAAAGCAAUGCUGGCAGCGUAACUCAUUUAGUGAGCAGCGAACAGCCAUUAGCUAUUGCUCCAGCACUACAACUGCAAGGGUCUCAAGAUGACUCGCAACAGUAUAAGUCACAACCCAGCCUCACCAAUUCACCUGUAUACAACAACAUCACUUCUUCGAAUCAGAUACCGUUGAGUAAAUCACAAAGUUUUGAGGACAAUAUAAAUUCCCCCCGCAAUAAAAAUACUGGGCUAAAAGAGACAGCUGUGAAUGUAGAAGACCUCCACCUAGACACUGUAAUUUUGAGAGAGAACCACUUACUAGCCAUCAAUGAAAAGACUCGGUUUCAUGACAUGAAACUGGAUAACGAUUUGACCAUACAAGAAAAAGAAAAUAGUUUGUUCAGUGCGAGUAGACUUCGUCUUUUACAAGACACAACUAUGAUAGAAAGUGCUCUAGAUCUAGACUCUCUGGACGGUUCUAGUUUAGGGACAAAUAGUCAAAACGGAUUAAUGAGAGUUGAAGUGUGAAUUCAAAACCAAAUGUCGAUUCUUCGGAGUACAUUAAGUUUAAAGUC